CUUCGCGACAGACGCGUUGACGCGUUGACGCGUGUGGCACGCGUCGCUCUUUGUCCUCCUCCACUCAACUCUCCUUAGCCCUUAGAACCGACUUCCUGAAGGCGACAUAUAUUGCAAUAUUCAUUAGCAUCUUUACCGAGCUAUCGCAGCAUCGUAGGAUGCCACCUAAAGGAUCCAGUUCUCAGAGGAAGCUGAGACAGCCCGCUGUACGGAAAGUAUCUACAUCCUCCACAGAGCCAGCAAACAAGAAGCAGAAGUUGAGACCACUAUCUGCCUUGAUCAGCCCUGUCGUCUUUGACCCUGUGAACCAAUCUUCGCAAAGCCCAUCUCAGGGUACACAAUCCAAAGGGAAGGGGAAGGAAGUACAACGCGACGUCUUAUUGCAGAAUGGUACCGAAGAUCAAAUGUGGAUUGACUUGCAUGAGCCUUUAACAGAAGAGAAUCUGGCCGUGCAUAGACGUAAAGUGCAAGACGUUCGACAGUGGUUCCUCGAAGCUUUUGACGGUGGUCCUUCUGGGAAGCUUCGCAAGUACCGCCGCAUACUCGUACUCGCUGGCCCUGCUGGUACGGCCAAGACCGCAACUGUCCGAAUGCUAUCCAGAGAACUCGGCCUUGAAAUUCUGGAAUGGCGUAACGGAUCUGAUGAAAGGCAUCAUCGAGACGACAUUUACGAUUCAUACGAUCAUGAUGAACAUUUUACAUACGAAGGUCUAUCGGAGAGGUUUCAAGCCUUCCUCACUCGUGCAACGAAUUGUCACUCCGUCGUAGGCCUCCGCUCAAAUAAUGUCAAGUCAUCGUCUGCAUCUAGCUCAGGCCAAGGCGUGAAACGUCAAAUCGUCCUAUUAGAAGAUCUUCCGAAUAUCUUGCAUGCGCGAACACAACAAACGUUCCAUGAGGCACUGGUUGCCUCCGUGAAUAGCAAUUUCCUCUCCACCUCACCAAUCGUUAUCAUCAUCAGUGAUGCCGGUCUACGAGGCGAAACUGACCCAGAUGACAUGUCGUACGGGUCCUCAUGGAAAGGCAAAGGAAGAGAAACCUUGGAUGUCCGUACGGCCUUGCCUCGAAGUCUAAUUGGGUCUCCCUAUGUCACACAAAUUGAAUUCAACCCAAUAGCACCCACUCUCAUGAAACGUGCCCUUCAACAGAUCAUCGACUCCGAGUUCUCUUCGUCCGCCAAGUCUCGCUCUAGACCUUCUGCUUCUGCUCCUUCGAAAGAGGUACUGAACUUCAUAAUCGAAUCUUCCAAUGGAGAUAUCCGGAGUGCAAUCAUGGCACUUCAAUUCGCGUCCACAUCUGUAGGUAUCAGUUUGGGACCAGAUUCUCAGCCGAGUGGAAAGGGCAAAUCGAAGUCGCGAAAGUCAGCUCCUACGAGGGCUCUGAUGGAGGUGGUGACGAGACGCGAACAGAGUUUGGCACUAUUUCAUCUCAUCGGGAAGUUGUUAUAUAACAAACGGAAAGGUGAUCCAUCAGCUCCAUCGGCCCCUGCAAAAGAUAUCCAACGAGACCGGGAGAUCGACACUCGUCUCAAGGAUCUACCUAAGCUCCCAUCUCACCUCAGUAUACAUGAUCGAGAGCCUAGUCGAGUAGACGUCGAAGUUUGUCACGCUGAAUUCACUCUGUCAACUGAAUACUUACCGUCGAUUUUUCAGACUUUGUAUGCUGAUUCGCCUAUUGACUCGGGAUUGUUAUCCCUAUAUAUUCACCAAAAUUACACCCAAUUCUGCGAUGAUCUCGAUCAAUGUGAAGGCGUCAUGGACUGGCUGAGUUGGGUUGACUGCAGUGGAGGUGAAUCAUGGUACCAAGCAAACCCAUAUCGGUUUCACCUCAUCAGUCUUGGCACCCUUCAUUCGCUCCCAACUCCAGUCACAAGACGGAAUCAGAAGAAUUUCAAACCCGAGUUUUUCGACGUGUUGAAGAGAACUAGGGAUUGUGACGAUGGCGUCCGAGAUGUUCAUCAGUGGUUGAGAAGGGAUGAGUACGGUAAUGCAGGCGGAUGGACCCAGACAAAGGUUGUUUUGGAGCUAGGGGCCGUUCUGAAAGCAAGAGAACAACGUUCGAACAUUCCCAGCGACCAGCCAUUUGCUCCACCAUCUUCCCGUCUAUUCACACGUAUGCCGUUCACCAAAGAAUCCCAUUACCAUCUGGAAGUCGUCAAGGAUGACAAUACUGGUGUUGACAUGGCUUGGCUGGAAGACAAUGACGACGAUAGGACAACUAGGGAUGGAGGUGAGGCGACUCCGCUGACGGGUGGUUGGUUGGAGGACGAUGACAUUGAAGAGUGCUGAAGAAUGCAUAUUGUGAUAUACUUCUUUUUGUGGUUCUGCUCGUUCCGCAUCGAUCUAGUUUCGCGCCCGGGGCGAGGUUCGUAGCCCAACAAACUUGUGCGUGGUUAGCAAUUCGGCAGACAGGCAAGAAAGAAUAUUAUACUCGUGUUCACGAAAUAUCACACGCAUUCAAAAAUAUAAUCAAGUGUAAGCUAUUUCUGAUAUAAGUUAUCGUCCUUACGUCGUAAUCGAAUCUUUUGUCACGGAUGGGUAUAUGUGGGAUGAAUAUCGCGAGGGAUGUUUGAAGGUUUUGCUUCUACCAAUAUGACCACAACUACCAGGCAAUGCCGACACCACCGGGACUCUCUGAGAGAAAGGUUGAGACACUGGAAUUAUAUCCACCGCACUCAUGUGCAUAUGCAAGAUCGGGUGUACUCGAAGGGGUGCCGGCAAUAGUCGAUGUCAAAGGAGAAUAAACUCCGGGGUCAAGG